CUUUUUAUUUUGCACUUUGAACAUCAAUUCGGUGUAAAUUACUCAAUGACAACCUCCGAUCUAGAUGGAUGUUUUGACGACUGGAAUGAUUUGGAGAAAGAAUUCGUUCAACUUGAGAAUGACCACAAGACCUAUCAGAAGAAACUGGACGAGAUGGUCACUUACCAGAAGAAAUGCAUGGCCAGUAUAGCCCAUCAUCGUUAUAGAAUCAAACAGAUCAACGAAACCUUGAAAAAAAUAAACCUAGCUAAUAUAGCAGAAGAAGAAAAAGAGAAAGUAACCAAGUUAAAGAAUGAUAUGUCAGAGAGAAAAAGUGUGUUUAGAGACAUGGAGGAAAUUCUACCACAUAAAAACGGAUUAUAUUUGAGUAUAAUAUUAGGCAGUGUCAAUAUUUCACUAUUAAACAAAGCUGAUAAAUUUCAGUAUAAACAGAAUUAUGAGAAAUUUAAGUUAACUGUAACAUAUGUUGUGAUGUUUUUAUCUGCAUUCAUGCAUUUUAUAACUGAAUACAGAUGGACAGAUGCUGUAUUAAAUUUUCUAUUAGUCUGGUAUUAUUGUACAUUAACUAUUAGAGAAAGUAUUUUGGUGGUAAAUGGCUCUAGAAUAAAAGGCUGGUGGUUGACUCAUCAUUUUAUUUCUACUGUCUGUGCUGGUAUCACUUUGAUUUGGCCAGAUAGUUUAACAUAUCAAUUGUUUAGAAAGCAGUAUAUUUUCUUUACACUAUAUCUAAGCUGUGUAUAUGUGAUGCAAUAUUAUUAUCAAAGUGGGUGUUUAUAUAGAAUGAGGUCACUGGGUGAAGGUCAUGAUAUGGAUAUUACAGUAGAGGGUUUUAUGUCGUGGAUGUGGAAAGGCCUGGCUUUCCUGUUACCAUUUCUUUUCUUGGGUUACGUUUUCCAGUUUUAUAAUGCUUAUACUUUAUAUCAAUUAUCCAGACUUCCAGAGUGUAAAGAAUGGCAGGUUAUAGUUCUAGCUGUUAUUCAUUUUAUUUUAUUUGCUGGAAAUUUAGUAACCACCUUACACGUUCUCCGUCAAAAAAUACAAUCAGAUUUAUCCUGGCUUCGAAUUGAUAAAGUUAAAGAAAUUUAA